AUAUAAUUGUAUGAUAAAGUACGUAUACAUUGUAUUAGCUCUGUUACUUUGUUGAUUAAUGUGGCUGGUACGUGUCGGUGAAUAUGUGUGACCCCAGUGCGUGUGGUACUGUCCGCUCGGGAGGCCACGCCGAGCCGUUCGCACAAUAGCUAUUCCAUCAGCUGUUGUGUAGCUGUGCUGUGAAUAGUUUCCCCUCUCUUUCCCUUCUUUUUGGUCUUCCUAAGUUUUUUCUUUUCUGACACCACAUCAUCGCGAAUUACAGGAUUCAUUUUGGCGUCUUAGACACAAGACAAAUAUUUUGAUCUUUGCUUUUUUUUUUCAGCUGUAACUUUUGAUGAUAUUUCCUUUUGUGGCAUUUUCCCCUUUUAAGAUAGCAGCUCACUUCCCCUCUCCCUUCUUCGUUUGCUGCAUUUUUCCAUUUGGAGAGAGGGGCAGACCGGGUGCGCUGGCGGUCGACUGAAAAGAGUGACUAAACCAAGUUUUUUCCCCCUGCUGCUGCCGGAGGAAUGAGUAUACGACCGGAGAGGGAGGGCUGAGAAGCGCAUGAUUGAAUGAAAAAAAUGGAAUGCAAAGAUAUUGGCACCGGAUCGGAGGAAAAAACGCUGCCAACCGAAAAAUCUCCCUCCUCCGCUCCCGAACGCAGUCCCAAAGAAGAGGAUGGAGAAGGGGUGAAGACCCCCACAAACCCGGACGCUGCCCCCCGGGCAGAGACACCCACUAAAGCGGAGACCGGCCGGAGAGCAGAAACCCCCACCAAAAGGGACACCCCCACGGACACCCGCGCCUCCCCCGUCACACCCGCCCCCGGAACAAGUGCCAGUCCCCGGCCCAAAAAAGAUGGGAUGAAAUCAGAAGAACGGCAGAAGCUGGCUAAGGAGCGCAGGGAGGAGAGGGCCAGAUAUCUGGAAGAGCGUACGCAGCUGCAAGCCGCGAAGAAGACGCAGUGGCUGGAGAAGGAGGAGAAGGCCCGCCAGCUCCGCGAGAGGCAGCUGGAGGAGCGGCGCAAGAGGCUGGAGGACCAGCGGCUGAAGGCGGAGAAACGGAGGGCAGCGCUGGAGGAGAGGCAGAGGCAGAAACUGGAGAAGAACAAGGAGCGCUAUGAGGCUGCCAUCCAGCGAUCUGCCAAGAAGACGUGGGCAGAGAUCCGACAGCAGAGGUGGUCCUGGGCCGGCGGGCUCAGCCACAACUCCAGUCAAAGGGAAAGCAGAUGCUCGGUGUCGGCGGUCAACCUGCCGAAACACGUGGACUCGGUUAUUAACAAGAGGCUGUCCAAGUCCUCUGCCACACUCUGGAACUCGCCCAACAGAACCCGCAGUCUGCAGCUGAGUCCCUGGGAGAGCAGCAUUGUGGAUCGGCUCAUGACUCCCACGCUGUCCUUCCUGGCCCGAAGCCGCAGCGCCGCCAGCGUGCUGAGCAACGGCAAGGAUGCCCAGUCUCCGCUGUGCCCGCGCUCGGCCUCCGCCAGCCCGCUGACAGUCUGUAACCACCAUCGCCCGCACCACCGCUGCUCCGACCGCUGGAAGGUGUCCGCCAGCACGCCCGACAUCACCCAGCGCCAGCGCAGACGGGACUCCGCCCCGAUGGAGAAGAAGAAGAAAGAGAAGAAAGACAAGGAGCGUGAGAACGAGAAGGAGAAGAGCGCCCUCACAAAGGAGAAGGUUCUGAAGAAGAGACAGUCCCUGCCCAGCAUCAAACACAGAACCGAGCCCAGCACCAGCCCGCUGUCUAAAAACCGACCGGCUUCCCCCAUCACCCCCAAAGGCCGACCUUGCUCCCCCAGCCCAGCCGUCUCCCCCAAACCUCCCUCCGCCCGAGGCACCCCGUCUGCCCCCAAGACACGCCCCAAGAGAGCCAAGACCCCCGCCAGGGUGGAGCCGCGGACAGCCUCUCCCAUCGCCGUGGAGACGGCCAGAGAGUCGCGCCGGCCAGCCACCCCUGACGAGGCAAAGGCCCCUGCUGUUGUCCCCUCCAUUGUGGUGUCCUCAGCCCCAGUCACGCCCCCUUCCCUGAGCGCACCAAUCACAGCGUCCGCCGGCCCCUCGGCCCCGGAGCCGGCCCUGGCGGCUCCCGGCGGCUCCGCGGGGAAACCCAUGGCCGGCACCACGGACCCCGAGCAGGCGGCUCGAAUCCUGGCGGAGAAACGACGACAGGCCAGGGAGCAGCGGGAGAGAGAGGAGCAGGAGAGGCGGGAACAGGAGGCCAGAGAGCGGGCGUUGCGGGAGGAGCGUCUGGCUCGGGAGGCUGAGGAGCGCAGGCUUCAGGAGGAGGAGGCGCAGCGCAGGCUGGAGGAGCAGCGUCUGGAGGAGGAGAGGGAGGCGCAGGAGAAGGCCCGUGCUGAGCAGGAGGAGAACGACCGCCUGCAGAAACAGAGAGAAGAGGCCGAGGCCAGGGCUCGGGAGGAGGCAGAGAGACAGCGUCUGGAGAGAGAGAAGCACUUCCAGAAGGAGGAGCAGGAGCGUCUGGAGAGGAAGAAGCGUCUCGAGGAGAUUAUGAAGAGAACACGCAAGACAGAUGGGGGAGAGAAGAAGGACGCCAAGUCCCCCUCCCCCACCCAGGUCAACGGCAAAGAUGCCAAAACGGACGUAGAGGGCAGCAAAGCGUCAGCCGACUACCAGCCAAGCCCAGAGGCGUCGCUGUCCAAUAAGGAGGUGAAAGAGGUCCAAUCACAGAGCAGCGUGACAGUGAGCCCCGCGGUCCCCGUUCUGAACGGAGUCCAGCCCGCCAAGCACGAGAACGGCCUGUCCGCCAAGGGCGAGGCUGGCGACUUUGAGGAGAUCAUCCAGCUGGCCAAUCACAGUGGCAGCAAUGGCGGGGGGCGGGAGAAGUCGCAGAGUGACGUGCCUGGCGAGCCAAUCCUGGCCUUUGAGGGCGGGGAGCCUUUCCUGAAGAAGGCGGGCACCAUGAAGCCCCAGCAUGUCGCAGAGGUGCUGUGAGUCUUGGGGUGCCGGGAGACGAGCCUUACCCCACGAGCGAUUCGGGGCGCCUUGCUCCACCGCAAACAGCUUGCACAGGACUCUCCUCUAGAUCAUACACAAAUCACCACCGCAAACGUCUUCCCUGGGGAGCAGCAAGAAGCAGCCGCAAUCAAGAGAAACUAAACCAGAGAAAAAAAAACACCACAGUGUGUGUAUGUCUACUUCACCACGCGUCAUGGUGGAUCAGUGUUACGUUUUAUUGAAAUAUCUCACGCCGAUUUUACCAUGCACCUUAAAAGACUGACAGCAUUAUCCAUAGUAGACCAUCAGACCAGAAAAAUAUACAAUAUUUGACUAUUAUAAGUAUAAUUAUUGUUAUUAUUAUUCUGAGUUCGACAAAGAAGUGUGUUGGUUAUUUUGUCUUUAAUGAUUUAGUUAUUUAACUUGAAGAGAAAUGUAACUACUGGGUACAGUGUAUGUGAAUAAUGUAAAUGAACCUGGCCGAGUUGGUCCCGGGCUGGAGGAGAUCAGAGGAAUAAAGGUUUAUGAAAG